AUGGACCAACCUAUUUCUCUUUGCUUUGUUCCUGCGAAUAAUUUUUCAAACAGUAUCACAAGUCAAGAUGCAAGAAACCUAUUAAUUCUUGAAGUCAUCAACUCUGUGUUAGCUGUACCAACAGCUGCUGCUAAUGCUCUGGUUAUCGUGGCCAUUCUGACAACGUCUUCUUUACGAACACCGUCGUAUCUUUUACUUUCAAGUCUCGCCAUCAGUGAUCUUGCAGUGGGACUUCUUGGGCAACCAUUUUUUACCUUUUGCAUAUUUUCGUUUAGAAAUGGAAAUGCCAAAGCUUACUGUUAUGCUCGAUGGAUUUCAACUGUUAUUUUAGCCUUGCUUGCCUCGGGCACACUCUUGACAGCGGCAGCCAUCAGUGUAGACAGGUACUUGGCCAUACGAAUCAAGACGCGGUACAGAUCUGUUGUCACAGUACGAAGAGUGAGGUAUAUCCUAAUAUCAGUUUGGCUGCACUCAAUUUUCACUCUGUCUUGCCCAUUUUUCAUGUCUCCAAGCACAAGCUGCUAUGUGGCGGCUUCUGAAUUAGUAAUCUGUAUGUUGAUUAUUAUGUAUUGCUACACGAUGUCGUUCAAAGUCCUUAAGAUCCACUGUGCUCAGACCCAUCCACAGGGUGACCAACAACCCAACAGUACAACACAGUCCAAUACCAUCGAUGUUCUCAAGUACAGAAAGCUCUUAAAGACAUUGCUCUUGAUAAUGGUGGGCAUUUUCAUUUGCUAUUUGCCCCUUGCUAGUGCUUUUGUUAUCUUCACUAAACCCAAUCCAAACAGAGUGGUUGCUUGGUAUCUUCUUAGCAUCACUACCCUUAACUCGCUCUUUAAUCCUGUAAUCUACAUGACAAGGAUGAAAGAUCUGAGAAGAGUUUGUUUUCAGAUGCUUAGAAAAAUAUUUCGUGCUUAA